AUGCCAGGCACAACAUGUGAAGUGAUGCAAAACGGCAACCGCAAUUGUUUCGCCAGAAAAGGAAGCAGUUGGUUCUCGUCUGUGAAGAAAGUUUUCAGGUCAUCUUCUAAAGACUUGCCAGAGCCCGAGAAGAAGGUCAAGAACACACAGAAAUUACAGCAUGAAGUGGCAGAGGUGGUGUCUUUUGAGCAUUUUCCAGUGGAGAGUUCUCCGGAUAAUAAUGUGACAAAUGAAGAGAGUGGCACUUCAACGCCGGUUACACAAGAUCGAAGCCACGCCAUUGCCGUUGCAGCAGCCACUGCCGCAGCCGCUGAAGCUGCCGUGGCGGCUGCUCAAGCAGCUGCAAGAGUGGUGAGAUUGGCAGGUUAUGGACGCCACUCCAAGGAAGAAAGAGCUGCAAUACUCAUUCAAUCAUACUACAGAGGCUAUCUAGCUCGACGUGCACUGCGAGCAUUGAAGGGAUUAGUGAGGCUGCAAGCACUAGUGAGGGGACACAAUGUGCGGAAGCAAGCGCAAAUGACGAUGAGGUGCAUGCAAGCACUGGUGAGGGUGCAGGCCCGAGUAAGGGCUCGCCGACUCCAAUUGAGUCACGUCGAGGAGCAAAGACAACAUUAUGAGAAGAUCGAAGAGCCCAAGCCCAAGCCCAUGAGCCCAAUGAGAAAGACAGACAUUAAUAAUGGCUGGGACAAUCGGCGUCAAAGUAGCUACAAGAUUAAGGAAAACGAUUUGAGGAAACAUGAAGCUGCAAUGAAGAGGGAGAGAGCUCUUGCAUACGCUUUCAAUUAUCAACAGCAACAGCAAAAGCAAAUUUUGGUGGCUGAAUCGAAGGGUAAGGAUGAUGUCGGAAUAACGUACGAGCGUGAAAAAGGGCAAUGGGGUUGGAACUGGUUGGAGCGUUGGAUGCAAUCGCAACCAUACAAUGUGAGGAACAUGGGGCCGCGUGAGGCCUCUUACAUGACUCUCGCUUCUACAACAUCAACCACCACAGAUAACAUGUCUGAGAAGACCGUGGAAAUGGACAUGAUUGCAACUCCAGGCCCAACCAACGUCAGAAGCAUCAGCAGCCCAAUAAACCAAGACUUUGUUGAUUCAAGCCCACUUUCCAAUAGGCACCAUCAUCACAUACCUUCCAGCCCAAAUAGACGCUAUAUGGCCCCAACUCAGUCUGCAAAGGCGAAGGUUCGGGGUCAAGGCCCAUCGAAGCCUCGGGUUUCAGCUGGGACUCAUUGGAACUCCUCGGCCAAGGCAAGCUCAACCUGUGACUCGUCUAGCUCUGGUGGAGGAAUCGCUGCUUACCAAAUUCCAAGAAGUCCAAGCCCAAAAAUUAAUGGCACUCGUUCACAGUCUAGAAGGAUUGUGGGUAGCAGUCCAGAUUACAUUGAGGAUUGGGCCCUUCCUCUCGGAGCCCAUGGUUGGGCUUAA